AUGUGGAUGCCUCAACUCCAACACAUUAAAAACAUGUACUCUUUUGCUUCCAUUUCUUCCUUUCCUUCUCUCCCUCCUACUUCCCUUGCCAUCGGCCGCCAUGUCUUGCCAUAUCCGGUGGAGGAACAUGGCAUUGCUCGCUAUACCAUGUUACAUGGGCCAAGACAAUCAAGAUUGAGCCACCCACAUCAUGUGAUUGGUGUAGAGUGGUGUGAUCUCCUAUCACCACACGCCAAUACAUCAUUAGGACAAUCCAUUCGUGUCAGUAUCAAUAUUGACCAAGACCUUAAACCAUGCAUGGAAGAUGAAAGAACAAUCAAAUUGCCUAAAUCGCAUGCCAUGAAUGGAGGAGAUGAAAAUUAUAGUUAUGUGGAUGCUGCAAAGGAACUCAUCAACGAAGGAGUUGCAUCCAAACUUGACCUGAAACUACUUUCUUCAUCUUCCACCAUAAACCCAUUUCGCAUAGCAGAUUUUGGUUGUUCCACAGGACCCAAUACGCUUCUAGCAAUGCAGAUCAUAGUUGAAGCAGAGGAGCAAAAAUUCAAAUCAGAAAAACCAACAACCAACUCAGGAGGUAGCAAAGAAGUUUAUGUGGCUUAUGCAGUUCAAUUUGCCAAAGAUUUGGAGACAUUCUUGAAUGCAAGGGCAGAAGAACUUGUGGGUGGAGGGCUGAUGGCUCUUCUGAUUUCUACUGUCCCUAAUGUUAUGAUCUCUUCUGAAACUACAACUGAGUCAGAGAUUGAUCCUCUUGGAUCUUGCCUCAUGGUAAGAAAUGCUGACAAAUUAUAA